AUGGAGCUUGAGCAAGAUGCCAACACCAUGGAGCUCACGAUAUACAUACGCAUGGAAAUAAGCCUCCAUCAGCAGGCAGAACUUAAUGGAAGGCAAGGGACAUUACAUAGCUAG